AUGUUCGCCAACCUCGCAACACGCCACACAGUAGCACUCAUCGCGGUAGCUACACCUACCGUGUAUCUAUUCCUAUUGAGACGGUCGGUGAUGCGGAACGUCGAGAGUUGCAAUACCCAGCAGUAUGGGCGAGGAGCCCAGACCGGGAAAACAACGCAGCACUGGCAGGCCGCCGCAUCACCUCCAUCCGAGCCUCCAUUACCAAGGUCACUGCCGCAGUCGGUGGUGGCUGAUGACACCCCCGGGUACGUUCUAUGGAACGAGCGCGUGGUAUCCAAGCCAGUGGCUUUGUCUGAGCUCCGCUGGUCCGGCGGGAGCCUGGACGAGCUUCUCACACGCUACGUCAGGGCUACGAUGGUCGCCUUUACGUGGACACCACAGGCAUAUCUCAUCCGGAAGAUGCUCCCUGCCGGCGUCGGAGAGACCUUCGAGGCCGACUACAUCAAUACGAUGGACUUCGCAGAGCUGGGUAAGCGUGUUGACGGCGUGUACACGGUGCAGUACCGGGGCACAGACCCUGGCGGCGAGCGCGUGGAGAUGAGACUGAGCCCACCGGAGGAGUACACAGGCCCGAGAUCCGGUGGCAUAAUCGUGGCGGCGAUCGAGCCUGUGGGAGCGGGCGCUCCCGACGAGGUCGUCUUCGUCAAUGAGACGUGGCUGUGGCGGAAUCCGGACGAGAAGCCCACGCUGUUGGAGGGCUCGAUCGGUCGUUGGUUUCACUCUCUCCUUGCGGCUUGGCUCAUUGGCAAAGGCAUCAAGCCUAUCCGACGCGAGGAGUUUUUGGCAAAAAAGUAA